GGAGUUGGGUAGAGUGGGGCGGUAGAGCCCCGGGAGGCCCGCCCCUUGAAUACAUCUCUCAGGGCCUCUGCUCCCAGGGUAGUGUGCACAUCUGGGCAGCUGGUGGGAGCAUGAACGGCUCACAGGUGGGGGCUGCGGCCAAGGCUGCCUGGCUGAGCUGCUGUAACCAGUCCGGGUUGCCGCUGCAGCCGCCGGAGGGGCCGCGGAUGGUUCAGGCAGUGGUGCUGGGUGUGCUGUCCCUUCUGGUGCUGUGCGGGAUCCUGUUCCUGGGUGGUGGACUCCUCCUCCGAGCCCAGGGCCUGAUAGCACCACAGGCCCGGGAGAGGCGUGCAUCCCAUGAGGCCGAGCCCGGUGCCUGUGGAGGGGAGGACUCCUAGGUUUCAGGCUGUUCUUGAGAGAGGGCCAGCCCCUCUGUGCCUUCUAGAGCCCAUGUCUGUGGAGCACAGUGGAAGGUCCAUCCCACAAGCUCUUGUCUCCUGCACAGAUGCUGGAACCAGCUGUGCCUCUCGGAGAGCUCUCCCUCCACCCCGUUCGCGCUGCCGAGGACGGACUGAAGAUACCUGGACUGUGGUGACGCCUGCCUCCCUCACUCUGGGAUCCUGGCACUCAGUGCUGCCUCUGAGCUGCUCCCGGACACCUGGGGUGGGUCCAGGAGACCCACGUGCGUCUGCUUGGUGACUGCUGUGUGCUCUGGGCACUGAAGCAGCUUCACACCCCAACUGCUAGUGUGUCCUCUGCACACCAGGCCCCCGUGGACACACGUGCAGCUCCCGUCCUGCCUGGUGCUGGACAGUGGUGUCCUACAGCCCAGCAACCUGUUGUAAGCUGUUGUUGCUGAGAACCAGCAAUGCACCAUCACUGUCCAGGGCUCGCUAUUAAACAGGCCAGCAACGCA